CAGCCUGGUAUCAGCACCGCAACAGGGUUUCACGCCAAAAUCACGAUCGAUUCACAGUCCCCGAGAUGCAUUAAAUCUUGGGAGUUGACCUCACUUGACCUUAGUUGACCCCCGACGACUUCUACCACUUCUCGAAUCAUUGUCUGUCUGCCUGUUCACCAUGGACAGCGACGAAUUCGAUGAUGGGAUCGCCGAUGAGGACUUUCUCACUGCAUUUGACCAGGUGUCUUCAUCUACUGGCCCCCAGAGUGCUGCAUUAGCAUCUUCCGGGCUUGCAAGUGGUUCUCUUCCUCCGAAAACCCAACAAGCUUCUGUUAUUGCCGCCUCCCUUGAGCUAGAAGACCUCCCCUCAGACGCAUUCUCAUCCCCAGAACCCGCCCCAGCACGGGCACUCACACGAACCAUCUCAACAGGACCGGCUCCCCGCACAGGGCUGAGCCGUACAAACUCUGGAAAUUACCGUCAAACCACCCUUUUUGGUGGAUCCCUAUUCCCUGAUGGCCCAAGUCUAUCCCAACCCGCAACAAACAGAGCUUUCCGUGUCGACCUACCUCGUGAGGAGCCGAGUCACCAUGAACUCGACAAAGAAGCGAUGGAGACCUGGGUGUACCCUACGAACUUGGGUGCUACCCGAGAUUACCAAUUCAGCAUCGUGAAGAACAGUCUUUUCAACAACACCCUGGUAGCGCUGCCGACUGGUCUCGGUAAAACCUUCAUCGCCGCGACUGUGAUGCUCAACUUUCACCGCUGGACCAAGCAAGCCAAGCUCGUAUUUGUUGCACCGACGAAACCCCUUGUGGCACAGCAAAUUGACGCCUGCUACCACAUCGCCGGAAUCCCACGCUCGGAGACGACAUUGUUGACAGGCGACAUCCCUCCAGCCUUGCGAGUCGACGAGUGGCAGAAGCGGAGAGUGUUUUUUAUGACUCCUCAAACGCUCUUGAACGAUAUUUCUCACGGCUACGCGGAUCCGAAGUCCAUUGCUCUGAUGGUCAUCGACGAAGCACAUCGAGCUGUAGGGGAGUACGCGUAUGCCAAGGUGACAAAGCUCAUUCGUCGCUUCUCCAAAAGCUUCCGCGUCCUAGCGUUGACAGCCACACCUGGUUCGAAGAUUGAGACGGUGCAGGAGGUUAUUGACAAUCUUGGGAUAUCCCAUUGCGAGAUUCGCACAGAAGAAUCCAUUGAUAUUCGACAAUAUGUUCACCAAAGAAAUGUUGAGCAGGUGGUGCUGGAUCCUUCUGACGAGAUGAUGCUCAUCGGUGAGCUCUUUACAAAGGCCCUGAAACCAAUGACGGACAAAUUGAGCUCGCAAAACAUCUACUACGGGCGCAGCCCGAUGGCCAUGACUGCAUACGGCCUGAUGCAAGCUCAAAAGGAGUGGUUUGCCACGCGGGGCAAGCACACGAACCAAGGAGUGCAAUUCAUGAUGAGAGCCGUUUUUAGUGUUCUCACGAGCAUUGCGCAUUCGAUCAAGCUGCUCAACUUCCAUGGCAUCAAACCCUUUUACGACAACAUUGCCGACCUCCGUAGUGAGCAGGAAGACAAGGGCGAGAAGGGUUCCAAAUACAAGCGACAACUCAUUCAAGACUCUAGCUUCCAGGAGAUGAUGGACAGAAUUUCGAAAUGGCUGAGGACGGAUGGGUUCGUGGGCCACCCGAAACUGACUGCUUUGGCUGACACCAUUCUGAACCACUUCAUGGACCGUGGUGAAGGGUCCGCAACACGUGUCAUUGUUUUCAGCGAGUAUCGAGACUCUGCAGAGGAUAUUGUUCGCAUGCUGAAUACUCACCAACCGCUCAUAAAGGCUAGCAUCUUCGUUGGGCAAGCAGAUAGCAAGCGAGGAGAGGGAAUGAAGCAGGCACAGCAAAUCGAAGCUAUCGAAAGGUUCAAACAAGGUCAUUUCAACGUUCUUGUUGCAACAUCGAUUGGUGAGGAGGGUCUCGACAUUGGUCAGGUCGAUCUCAUUGUGUGCUAUGACUCCUCCGCAUCGCCAAUUCGAAUGUUGCAGCGAAUGGGUCGAACGGGACGAAAACGGGCCGGAAACAUUGUGCUGCUUCUGAUGCGAGGCAAAGAGGAAGACCAGUUCGCAAAAUCAAAGGAUAGCUAUGAGAAGAUGCAGAAGUUGAUUUGCGAGGGGAGUCGGUUCAACUUCCGCUUUGACCUCUCAACGAGGAUCGUGCCGAGAGAGAUUCGACCAGAAGUUGACAAACGACACGUCGAGAUUCCUAUCGAAAAUACCCAGGACUCGUCGUUGCCCGAACCCAAGAAGCGCCGGGUUCCUCGUGGCAAGAAAGUGCCGCCUAAGAAAUUCCACAUGCCGGACGGAGUUGAGACGGGCUUCCAGACGGUGUCCAGUCUCCUUGGCAAAGGCACCGCCAAAGGUACCAAGGCACGUCAGACAAAGCCAAAACGGAACCCGGAGCUAGAUGAUUUCGUCCCGGUGCCCGAUCUCAAAAGCGUGUUCCUCGGGGACAAGGAGCUUAAGGAGCUUAACCGAGCGUAUCGCGACUUACCCUUCAACCAUAGCGUGGUCGAGGAGACCGACAUGCCUAACAUGACAGCCUAUCCUGAGCUCCAGAGACGACUGCGCACAGUGGUCAAAGUCAAACACGGCACUCAUACAAAGCGAUGCGUUAAGAUGUGGUAUAAGAUGGGAAACGACCCUGAUAGCCUGGUACGACCAUGUCGAUCGGUAGACACCAGCAACUAUCGCGAGAUUCCGGUCCGAGCCUUUGUUGACUCUGACGGGGAAGUGGAGAAGGAAGAUGCGCCGGCCAAACCAGCAGCAGCUCCCGCCAAGAGGAAGCAAAGCAGAAAACCCGCCCCCAAGGCAGAGUCUCAACCAAAAAGAAGGCGAGUAUCUGCUAAAGCAAGCUCAACGUCCCAGGAGGCAGAAGACGACGAGGAUGAAGGUGUACCUGCCCGUCGAGGUCGGCCAAAGAAAGGGAACAAACCUAAAGGCAGGGGAAAGAAGAAGGCCCAGCGAAAGAGUGGUGGAAUCAACAGCGAUGAGAUUGGGGACGACUGUGGCCGGUCCAGUGACAUGAUGGAGACAGACGGGUCCGACGAUGGCGAGGAUCUGGUGGACUUCAUUGUGUCGGACAACCACAUUACGUCAAGCAUGAGGGAACCACGAUCCACAUCACCAACCACGGCCAGUCCAACACCAACUCCACCCGAUCGAACGGAGAAGCCCUUCUUUGUGCCAACACAGUUUUCCGCGACGCAGGAAAGCGAGGAUAUUCCGGAUAUAGACACACUGGUGGGGUCGAAAGCAGGAGGAGAUGAGUUGGAGCUGGGAGGCGUCUCCUACUCCGUCUCGACCCUCGCCCUCCCCGCUCUCCUCCGCCUACCCUCCUCAGCGUCCGCCUCUCACGGCCUCGCCACCCUCUCCGAGGCCCUCAAGACGCCCAUCCUCGCCCUCACCUCGCUCGCCUCGGCGCCCUUCCUCCUCUGCUUCAUCUUCGCCCCGCGCGCCUCCCGCCAUCCCUACCUCCUCUAUACCUCUAUCCUCGUCGCCCUCUCCACCGUCGCCCCGGGCUUCGUGCCCCAGCCGACUCCCCGAGCCAUCGCCCCCGCGCCCGCAGCCAAGCCCUCGGCGCGUGCCCGAAUGGAGGCGAGCUACGAGGUCCUCGGCGAUUCCCACAGCGAGCCCGCAAGCGAGGAGGAGAUUGAGGAUGUCAACGGCGAGGAGGUUCGCGCCAGCGUCGAGGGCCUGGCUCGGAGCUAUGUCGCCAGGACCGCCCUCUCUGCAUUGGGAUUUGCCUUGGCUGUCAUCGGCAUUUGGGGAGACGGUGCCCCCCAGGCCGUCAUCUACGUUUCCUAA